GGCGUCCACAAGGUUGGUUUAGAGUUGGAUAGCCCUGACACAUCUGACAUCAUAUCGGGACCACAGGAUACGCCGGUGAUGUCACGGUGCUUGACGGUUUGGCUAUUUGCCUGUGCCAUGGCAUGCCAUACAUAUUCUUGAGGUAUGAGUGGCACUUUACCUAGUUAAACCCGGGAGGAAGGAGAAAAUGGCGGUUUAAAAGCUUCUUUUUUCCUUUUCAUACAUGACUUUCUUCCCCGGAUCCCUGGACGACAUUCCAGCCAUCAUCCUGUGAUUUACACUGAUUGCCUCCACAAAAUUGGAGUUUCCAGGUUCCAGUUUAAUCAUGAAAGCUUGGUGUUAACAUAAAGGGCGGGUUCUCGGCCUUCAACUCGCUCUCAGUGGUUUAUAUUCUGUCGGUAUAAAGGGGUAGUGAUCCGCUUCCAGGAGCGUCAUUCUUAUCAUUUUCUUGAGAAUCGUUUGGAUUAGUUUAUUUUGCUUUCUUCCCGCUUGCGCAGUUAACUUGAUUUAAAGGCAACUUGCUUGUAUAUUUAUACCCAUCUGUCAUGAGACCACCGAAGGCCAUCAUCUCUGUUCCCUUGAAACGGAAGGAUGGUUUAGCUCUCGAAGAGCUGUCUGACAAUAUUGAUGCAGUCAAUGCUCUCAACGCCACUUUGAAGAAAGAAAAGGGGUUAUACGAUGAGUCCGAAUUUGACAAAGAAAAAGACAAAUCCCGCUUCCGCCAAUACGAACUCGCCUGUGAAAAAGUGAAGCAGUUCUACCUCGAGCAGCAUGAGAAGCAGACGGUCGCCUACAACCUCAAGGCCCGCAAUAAUUUCCGCGCAAAGACCCGUGCUUACAUGGGCAUAUGGGACGCUAUCGAAAAACUAAACACCCUCAUUGACGACUCUGACCCUGACACCUCCCUCACACAGAUUGAGCACCUGCUCCAGGCCGCCGAGGCCAUCCGGCGUGAUGGCAAGCCGCGCUGGAUGCAGCUGACCGGCCUCAUCCAUGACCUUGGCAAGCUGCUCUAUUUCUUCGACGCCCAGGGCCAGUGGGAUGUAGUCGGCGACACGUUCCCCGUCGGCUGCGCCUUUGAUGAUCGCAUCAUAUACACGUCCGAGUCCUUCAAGAAGAACCCAGACUACGGCCAUGAAAUCUACGGGACAAAAUAUGGUAUAUACAGCCCCGGUUGCGGGAUGGAUAAUGUCAUCCUGUCCUGGGGCCAUGACGAAUAUCUAUACAACGUUGUCAAGGACCAGUCGCUGCUCCCGCCUGAAGCGCUGGCGAUUAUCCGGUACCAUUCCUUUUAUGCCUGGCAUACCUCGGGCGCGUAUAUGGAGCUCAUGGAUGAGCAUGAUAAGGAUAUGCUUGAGGCUGUGAGGGCGUUUAAUCCGUAUGAUCUGUAUAGCAAGACUGAUGAUAUUCCGAAUACAGAGGAAUUGAAGCCAUAUUACCUCGAGCUCAUUGACGAGUUCUUCCCCCAGAAAAUAAUCAGGUGGUAGGGCUAGUUUCCAUUUGGUAGCUUUUCCCUUUCUCCAUCUGUUUUAUGGCUCCGGAGGUGUUAAUUUUAGUUUUGUAUGAGAAUACGUCGUAACGCUGUUUUCAUACUCCGUGCCUGAAUUCGCAUGAUGAACGACAUGAUAAGUUUGCCUGCAGCAUUGGAGUGGAACUCUGGGUUGUUUAUGGCCCCCGUUGUUUCGUAUCUCAUUGAUAUUAGUUAGGCAUUUUGUGGGAUACACGCACUCUGAUCCGCGCUCCAUAUUUUUCCACGCUAUCGUUUGAGAUAUCUAGGAAUUGUCGAGCGCCAGUGCAGGGCUAGCUUUAUGUUACUUUUGUAUCUGUUGGUCUGGACCGCAAAUAGCUAGCUAACAGACACAAAAUAUCCAUCAUCUGAUCGAUAUCGAUUAAAAUUUGCCCCCUCCGCACCUAUCCUGGUCCUUUCUGAGGGUCCCUGGUUUAUUGUUGUCUGCUUAUUUUGGCAAUUAGGACAACGAAAAACCUUAUAUCCCAGCGGUCAUAUGUGGGGACACCUGAGGCGUAAACAAAAAAAUUGCUGAUGCACAUGAUUGAAGGCUGAGAGGUAAUCCACGGUGAGAAGAGGAUCUGACUCAGUCAAACUUUAACUAAUAUGAUAGAUUUAUUAUGGAAUUAUGACAGGCCUGCAAACUCUUGUUUCAGCUGGCUUUUGUAACAUCUUUGGUCUAGGCUUGUAGGACAGGAGGCAAGGCAAAAGCAUAAAAUGACCGGCUGUGUUUCAUCGACUCUCAAAAAUACCCAACAUUAGAAAACUCAAAAUAGGACCAGCUGACAGAACCAACAUACUUUGGCCCACCACUUUGGAAACCCCCGAGCCACCACUAGUAGGACCUUGUUUGGCUUCCGUUUAUUUCAUGAAACAUGACGAUAUACGAGGAGAGCGUCGUCAAUGGUCACUGACCAAUGGCCCUCAUCCUGAAUGCGAGGAUUUUGGGAAUUUCGGUGACAUACCGCAAAGAUCUUGGAUCAAGCUUCUGGCUGGCGUUGUAUUCCGCAUCGAAAUUCGGUUCCUCAAAUGCAUCGAGGACUAAUCCAGCGCGGAGAAAAGGGGAUAAAAUCUCGUGCAUGGGACGGUGGAAAGUGUACUUCAGGCAUUCGCCGGGUUUUUGCCCAUGAUUAGCACAGAGAUAAAUGAUAGAAGUAUAUCCUCAUCAGCAGAAGUGAUAACUGGUUUUCACUUUACAAAGCCCAUAGUAAUAUAAUACGCAAUAUGUACCUGAUAAGAAGGUUGGCCCUUCAGCGCUUCUGCCUUGAUGGGCUCCGGGGCAUGGAGAUAUCUGGUUAUCUUAAGGCUGAUAUGCUCCUCCUCCCGUCCUGUUUCCCGGCUAUCCGCGUACUCGAUCACACGCGUGGAUCCGGCCGUUAUGAAGGGAUGGAGGAGCGUCGCAACAAAUCUAGCAGUUGAGUCACACACAAGGCACGCAGAGAGAAAAAGCAAAUUCUGGAACAGCGCUCUACUCUUCCCUAUAACACCCUCCCACCCUUUCACUCCUGCUCAUAAGAUCUCCAGUUUCCCGAGAAAAGAAACAGGCUACACCUACCGUCCAGUGUUUUGUUUUAGUAGCUUUGGUAGAGCAGCUGCUAAUGGUUCAAGGGUAGGGAUAUCCAUGAUGGCCAUAUUCAUUAUGACGAUAUCGAAUGGACCCUCCUAUCCACGUAGAACGCGAAAACAACAUUUCCGUUAGUUCAAUAUCGCCAGUUCAAUCGAAAAGGGACGCGGUUGUUGGGAUGGACAUAGUAGGACAAAUAUCAGGAAAGAACAUGUCCUACUUCCGCUAUCUCCCUCGCUAUGAAUUUCUCAAAGUCUUCCGUUCUUGUUGCAUCCAAAACCUGGUAAGAUAUUGAGUUGAUAUUUUCUCCAUUAGUAUACACGCCUCUGCGUCUCGCAUGAUCGGUCAUGGCCCUGCUGCCGUCUGUCGCAAUAACGCGAGCACCCUCGGACGCCAGCCAGCGCGCGACAAGCCCAUUUCCUGUCGCAAGGUCCAACGCCCUGUCGCCAGGUUUCACAGCUGCCAUGCGCUCGAGGGCGGGGAGCUCUACGACUCUGUAAUAGUCGUUGCCUUCAUCGCCCAUUCCCUGGUCCCAGAAGCUGGCAUUGUCCUCCCACGCUGCGAGCGCUUCUGCAUUGAUUGGGUUCGUCAUGCUGCAGACAGUGUGUGGAUUCCAGAUGCUGGGAAAGUCAGGGCCUUGUAAUUUGUAGUCUUAUGUUUACCUGGUUUGGAGACGACAGAACGGAGUCGAUGCUACACAAGGAGUUGGCAUC